GGACUCUCCGUAGCGGAGGAGCGCCUGCUAAAGCGAUGGCCGCGUCUUCCUCGCUAUCCGCGACGCUCGCCCUCCCUCCUCUCUCCAAUCGCGCUUCCCUCUCUCCGAAGCCCAGAUGCCUCUCCUUCUCGCCCCAGUGCUCGAAUCCUCCCAUCUCCCUCCGCUCCCGCGUCCCCUCUUCGCCGCGCGCCCCCGCUGCCGCAGCGGAGGCUGUCGGGGCCGAGCAAACCCCAGAUGCAGCGGGGACUUCGAUCGGCUUCGAGGUUGAGGAUAAAUCUGCCGUGGCUCUCGAUGUCGAUGCGGAUGCCGAUAAGAUGGCGCCGAAGCAGAAAAUAAGAAUCAAGCUGAGGUCCUACUGGGUGUCGUUGAUGGAGGACUCAUGCAAGCAGAUCCUGGAAGCUGCUAGAACAACCAACGCCAAGACCAUGGGUCCUGUUCCCCUUCCCACAAAGAGGAGAGUUUAUUGUGUCCUCAAGUCACCCCAUGUUCACAAGGAUUCCCGUUUCCAUUUCGAGAUUCGGACUCACCAGCGGCUAAUCGAUAUCUUGUAUCCGACCGCCCAAACGAUCGACUCGCUAAUGCAGCUUGACCUUCCAGCCGGUGUGGAUGUGGAGGUCAAGCUAUGAUCCGAUCUGGAGUGACUCUUUCUUUCAUCAGUUGUAGUUUCUUUUCUGUGCUAUUAUAUUUCUUGUACUUCUUGAUACCCACAACCGAAGAUUAACAGGAAAGAUUAUAUCAGUUGAUUAUUUUUGGAUUCAAAA